AUGUCCUUGUCAUCCUGCAAUCUCUCAAGUCAUAUAUUUGUCAAAGCCAGUGAGCGCAUCUUGCCCCAGCAGCGUUUUCUCUAUGCACUGCUAGGGCUAUGCACAUAUCUGGCUCUGGUAUUCUCGCUACGUUUUCGAAGAUGCCGCAAGCUGCAUAGGGCAUAUCCCUACCGAACACGCGAGGAAAUGAGCAAGAUGACUGAUUGCGAUGCAUGGGCGAUUCAGAAACAGAUUAUGCAGGGGGAAUUCCCCUUCAUGAUGCUCAAGGCACUACAGUUUGCUUUGUUCCGUACAUACGGCAUCCCGACGAUAUCAAGCCUUCUCCUCAAAACGUCGCAAUUCUCCGACUCUGCCACCUCCUUCAAGCGAUACGCCGAUACGGGGACGUUGAUUGGCGAAUUCAUAGCAUUCGAGCCACACUCGGACAGGGCCCAAACCGCUAUUGCUCGAACAAAGUAUCUGCACAAGGGAUACCGAGCUAGCGGCAAGAUACUGGAAUCUGAUAUGCUAUACACGCUCAGCCUCUUCGCAAUAGAGCCGAUCCGAUUCGUGACACUAUAUGAAUGGAGAGAGAUGACCGAUUUGGAACGGUGCGCCGUGGGGACGUACUGGAAGAGUUUGGGCGAUGCUCUGGGGAUUAGUUACGAUGCUUUGCCUUCCGGGGGGACGGGGUUUCGGGAUGGCAUCAACUGGUUGGAAGAGAUUAGUGCUUGGGGCCAGCGGUAUGAGGUGGAACAUAUGAAGCCUCAUGUUCGGAACAAGGAAAUUGCAGACAAGACCAUUGACGUGCUGUUAUACUACCUACCGAGCUUCAUGAAGCCGCUGGGGGUGAAUCUUAUUUCGUACUUGAUGGACGAUCGACUACGGAAUGCCAUGAUGAUGGAGCCCGUGCCGCCAGCCCUGAGCGCCACCUUCGCAGCGAUAUUUCGACUGCGUCGAUUCUACCUCCGCUACCUAACACUGCCACGCCCGGACUUCAAUCGUUUAAACGCUUUCACCGACGCACCGAACAAAUACGGCCGGCACUUCCUGCUGCAGCUCCAAGGAGCUCCGUACUAUGUGCGUCCCACAAUCUGGAAUCGCUGGGGCCCCGUGGCGUGGAUCAAGCGGGCUCUUGGACAGCCGUUGCCUGGAGAUGAUGGAGACAAAUACUUUCCACAGGGGUAUUAUACGCCUGAUUUGGGGCCCAAGUAUUUUGAAGGAAAGGGGAUGAAGGAGAUGGAGGCGAUUAAGUUGGGUUUGCAAGAGAGUCGGCAGGGACAGUGUCCGUUUCCGUGAUUCUGCAUGAGCGACUUUCUGCCAUGGAUCAUGGGGUGUGAUGUUUUGGUUUUGAAUAUGAUGCAAUUGGUUAAUGAU